GGGCGGCGUCCCGGCCACCGGCCUCCUUCCACCGCCGCGCAUUCGGGGCCGCACUGCGCCGCGCCCCGACUCCCGCUCACUCGAGCCCGCCGCGCGCCCGCUGAGGCGCCGCCCGACGGGCAUGGACCCGGGCCGCGACUUCCUGAGCCUGCACGGCCUGCAAGAUGACAAGGACCUACAGGCUCUACUCAAGGGCAGCCAGCUCCUGAAGGUGAAGUCCAGCUCAUGGCGAAGAGAACGUUUCUACAAGUUGCAGGAGGACUGCAAGACCAUCUGGCAGGAGUCCCGCAAGGUCAUGAGGUCCCCAGAGUCCCAGCUAUUCUCCAUUGAGGACAUUCAGGAGGUACGGAUGGGGCACCGCACAGAGGGCCUGGAAAAGUUUGCCCGUGAUGUGCCUGAGGACCGGUGCUUCUCCAUUGUCUUCAAGGACCAGCGCAAUACACUAGACCUCAUUGCCCCAUCACCAGCCGAUGCCCAGCACUGGGUGCAGGGUCUACGCAAGAUCAUCCACCACUCAGGUUCCAUGGACCAGCGGCAGAAGCUGCAGCACUGGAUUCACUCCUGCUUGCGGAAAGCUGACAAAAACAAAGACAAUAAGAUGAGCUUCAAGGAGCUACAGAACUUCUUGAAGGAGCUCAACAUCCAAGUGGAUGACAGCUAUGCCCGAAAGAUCUUCAAGGAAUGUGACCACUCACAGACGGAUUCCCUGGAGGAUGAGGAGAUUGAAGUCUUCUACAGGAUGCUGACCCAGCGAGUGGAGAUUGACAAUGCUUUUGCAGAGGCUGCAGGCUCAGGGGAGACCCUGUCAGUGGAUCAGUUAGUGACAUUCUUGAAGCAUCAACAGAGAGAAGAGGAGGCGGGACCCGCGCUGGCCCUGUCCCUCAUCGAGCGCUAUGAGCCCAGUGAGACUGCCAAGGCACAGCGCCAAAUGACCAAGGAUGGCUUUCUCAUGUACCUGCUGUCAGCUGAUGGCAGUGCCUUCAACCUGGUGCACCGGCGAGUCUAUCAAGACAUGAACCAGCCACUUAGUCAUUACCUGGUAUCCUCCUCACAUAACACCUACCUGUUGGAAGACCAGCUCACUGGGCCCAGCAGCACUGAAGCUUACAUUCGGGCCCUGUGCAAAGGCUGCCGCUGCUUGGAGCUUGACUGCUGGGAUGGGCCUAACCAGGAGCCGAUCAUCUACCAUGGCUAUACCUUCACUUCCAAGAUCCUCUUCAGUGAUGUGCUCAGGGCCAUUCGGGACUAUGCCUUCAAGGCCUCCCCCUACCCAGUCAUCCUGUCCUUGGAGAACCACUGCAGCCUGGAGCAGCAGCGUGUCAUGGCACGACACUUGCGUGCCAUCCUGGGGCCACUGCUGCUGGACCGGCCACUGGAUGGAGUUACCAGUAACCUGCCUUCCCCAGAGCAACUGAAGGGGAAGAUCCUGCUGAAGGGGAAGAAGCUCGGGGGUCUACUGCCCCCUGAAGGGGAAAGUGGCCCCGAGGCAACUGUAUCAGAUGAAGAUGAGGCUGCUGAGAUGGAAGAUGAGGCUGUGAAGAGCCGGGUGCAGCACAAGUCCAAGGAGGACAAGCUCAGACUGGUGCAGGAGCUCUCUGACAUGGUCAUUUACUGCAAGAGUGUCCACUUUGGGGGCUUCUCUGAGGCUGGCCUCUCCAGGCAGGCUUUUUAUGAGAUGGCAUCUUUCUCUGAGAACCGUGCUCUCCGAAUGCUCCAAGAGUCAGGAAACAGCUUUAUUCGCCACAACGUGGGCCACUUGAGCAGGAUCUACCCGGCAGGAUGGAGAACAGACUCCUCCAACUAUAGCCCUGUGGAGAUGUGGAAUGGGGGCUGCCAGAUCGUGGCCCUAAACUUCCAGACACCUGGGCCAGAGAUGGAUGUGUACCAAGGCCGCUUCCAGGACAAUGGAGCCUGUGGGUAUGUGCUGAAACCUGGUUUCCUGAGAGACCUCAACACCACCUUCAAUGCACGUGCUGUGACUCGAGGGCCCUGGUGGGCUCCAAAGAGGCUCAGUGUGAGGGUCAUCUCAGGGCAGCAACUGCCAAAAGUCAACAAGAAUAAGAACUCGAUCGUAGACCCCAAGGUGACAGUGGAGAUCCAUGGUGUGGGCCGAGACAUGGCCAGUCGCCAGACUGCCGUCAUCACUAACAACGGCUUCAACCCAUGGUGGAACACAGAGUUCGAGUUUGAAGUGGUUGUGCCUGAGCUUGCCCUUGUCCGCUUUGUUGUGGAGGACUAUGAUGCCUCCUCCAAGAACGACUUCAUUGGCCAGAGCACCAUCCCCUGGCACAGCCUUAAGCAGGGAUACCGCCAUGUCCACCUUUUAUCAAAGAAUGGAGACCAGCAUCCAUCAGCUACCCUUUUUGUGAAGAUCACACUCCAGGACUAAGGUGUCUGAUGGGGUCUGCUCUGGUUGGGCUUGGCCCUGUGUCCACAUCUGGAUCCAGGACUGGUGUGACUACUCCAGCCUCUAGCACUGAGCCAGAGGCCCUCAAACUGCCUUUUGCUCUAACAUAUUGUCAAUGCUGCUGCCUCUGUGGGGGUCCCAGGAGCUGGCUAAGUGCCUACAACUGUCCUUAAUUCCGUUAAGAACACUGCAGCCCUCUGUACCCUUUGGCCAACCUUACGUUGAGAGUUUUUAAAAGAACUACGUUGAAA